UGAGAGCCGCAGGUGGGACGUGAAACUGGCCGCGAUUACCCCUUAGUUUACCGACGAUCUCAUUUUCCGUGAGGGUUUGAGUGGUGCUUCUGAACGACAUGGGAAAGCUUCAGGAAUUCGAGAUCACUUUCACUAAUAACAAAGUGGUCUACAACCCCGGGGAAUCCAUAUCAGGAACUGUGAGAAUUAAAACACACCACUCCUUACAGUUUAAAGCUAUUAAAGUCAACUGUGUGGGGUCGUGUGGCAUCUCUUCCAAGCUGAAUGAUGCAACGUGGAUGCUUGAGGAGAAGUACUUGAGCAGCACGCUGUCUGUGGCCGAUAAAGGUACUCUGUCAGCUGGUGAGCACAGUUUUCCUUUCCAGUUUGUCAUUCCAGCAUCCGUUCCAACCUCGUUCGAAGGCCCAUUUGGGAAGAUUUUGUACCAAAUUAGGGCAUUUAUUGACACACCACGUUUCUCAAAGGACUACAAGACCCAGCGACCCUUCUACCUUCUCAAUGUGCUCAACCUCAACGAGUUGCCAGAUGUAGAGCAACCGAGCUGUGCUGUGACAACAAAAAAGUUUACCUACCUCCUGGUAAGAACAGGCACGCUCAUGCUGAAGGCCUGCAGUGAUCUAAGAGGAUACACUCCCGGACAGGUUAUCAAACUAUCCACUGAGAUCCAUAACAAGUCUGGGAAAGACACUGGCUAUGUGAUGGCCAGCCUUAUUCAGAGAGUGUCGUAUAAAACAAAGCGGCCAGUUUUUGAUCUGCGACCCAUCGCACAGGUGGAGGGUGCUGGGGUGAAGGGUGGUAAACAUGCAGAGUGGAGAGAACAGAUCAUCGUCCCUCCUCUUCCUCAAUCAGGCCUCACUGGCUGCAGCCUCAUAGAUAUUGAGUAUUUUAUCCAGGUUUCACUAAAAUCUCCAGAGGCUGUGGUCACGUUACCCAUCUACAUCGGGAACAUUGCUGUAAACUUGACUCCCUCCAUUCCUCACCCCAUCACCCAAGGCGCACCAGUGCCUGCCAUGCCAAGCCUCAGCCCAGCGCCCGUAGUCCCCAGCGCACCUCCUGCAGAGGACGGCCUGGAGGGUGAGCUGUGUGCAGGAGGAGUAGACAGCGAGGAGAUCCCUACCAAGAGUCAUUCUCAGCAGGAUCCGUCCGGUGUUCCUCUCUCCAUGUAUCCAGGGAUGUUCGGUCAAGCAUCUGGUCUGCUCCCGCCGCAGAGCCAGCAGGCCGGCCAAUGCUCCGACGGCUCUGCUCCUAUGUUCUGUCUGUCCACAGGGGCCACCAUACCUUUCUUCACAGAUGGUAAUACAACACCAGUGCCCACUUCCUGUCCCCUCAUCCUGCCCCCUGAAUACAGCACCUGGGAAUACCCACUUGAGCCACCUCCCACUUAUGAGGAAAGCUGCAGUAGCAACGAACUCCAGCUUCAACAGUAGCAUGAGGUAGACCCAUUAGAGGUCCCGCUUCUUCAUCAUGCCAUUCAUCUUCUGCCCCCUGCUGGACGGUACAGGCAUUGCUGCCAGCCCAUAAACCUGGCCCUUCUUUUCCAUGAACCAAAUAUGUUUUAAACACAUAAAGGAUUGUUUCCUUCAUUUUAAAUUAAUCCCUUCAGAUUACCGUUUCAACACUGAAGAAAACAACCUUGAAACCGUACAGGGAGAAUGUUUCAGUGCCUAAGAAGAUGUAGCACUCAUGAGCAUCCCCAAGAUGAGACACGCUCAGAGUUCUUGACUAACGAAUACCAGCAGCUGUAACAUUAUGAAGUGAAAGUUACACUGAAAACACUUUUUCAUUCAACCAAGCCUGGCCUUAGGUAAAUCUUAUCACAAAACAUGCUCUGUAAAAUCGGACUUAAUGCAGAAAUAUAAUGCUGCCUGACUGAAAGUCUUAAGGAAAAAAUAUUCCUUU